UGUUUCUGUCACACGUGUUAAAUAUCAUUUAUGUGAAAAGGCAGUUGGUUAAUUAGUCGUUUACGAUCUACUUAGACUGAGCGCUGUCAAAGCUGCGUGAAUUGCAUGGCAAGCACAUCGUCAUGAAAAGAUAUAUGCUGCUCGUUGUGUUUCUCCUGGCGUUUGUGGAAGUAGCGAAUAGUGUUGUAUACAGUUGGAUUCUUAGUGUAAAUCCUGUUGAUACGGACGAAGGGAAACAGAGCAACAGCCCUGACAACAACACUAAGGGAAACUCAACUGUGCAAGGAGUAAGUAGGGAGAUAAAAUGCCAACCCUGCAUAUGACAUGAAUCGCUCACCAAUAACCCAGUAGGAAAACAGGAUAAUUCUAACUAUAAUUGAAAUUUUUCCAACAGCACUGUAGAAAAGACAGACAGUGUGGCCAAGGAAAAUAUUGUCACAAGCACAACGGUUUAUGUCAUGCUUGCAAGCCAGUAGAAUCUGCGUGUCGUCGAAAUAACAUGUGCUGCAACGGAUUGGAGUGCGUAUUUGGGUUCUGCAGAAAAGCAGUUCCUCGGGGUACAGAGGGUGCAAGAUGCAGGAAAGAUCGCAAAUGCGAUUCCGGAUUAUGCUGCGUUAAAGUUCACGGGGAGCCAAUCUGCAGGCGUUUGCUUCAAGAGGGUGAAGACUGCUAUGUACCGGAAGGUGGUCUGGGUUACUCACUGAACCAAAAGUGCCCGUGUGCGGCGGGUUUGAUUUGCAAGAAACUGAAACAUCGGCAUCGCAAGAGGUAAGGGAAAGUUACUGUGACGUGACUGUAAUGAUAAAACAGCCGCACGACACUUCAUAACCGAGAUUUUUUAUGGGUUUGCACUGAACUCCCACACUGGUUGCAAUCAAAAGCUAUUUAAAGCAGAGCUGUACAAGAAUUUUAUUUUUAUUAUUCUUUUGUCUUCUCCUUUGUGUCUAAGAGUGUUUCACCUUAAAUUCCGUUUCCUUUUCUAAUAAUUUAUCAGUAACUGGAAUAGUUGCUCAACGUGCAUGAAUUGUGAAAUUGUUCCGUGCUCAUUUUGUCUCGUCUGUUGUUUAAUCGUAGAUUCGUUUCACGUCUCGAAAGGAAAAAGAGAGUUUGCCAAAGACUUUAGCCAGCAGAGGGUAACAUCUGAGAGGAGCGAUAGCCGCGGAAUGCUGCGGAUUACAGAAUUGGGAACAAUUGUGCCUAACUGUGCACACUAAAUGCAUUCCCACUGCAAUAGAGACCAAAACUACUGAAGUGCUAGAUAAAUAUAAUUAUGUAUAUAACAUAUUUCACACUCCAAGUGAUGGAAAGUAGAUAUGAAUGACACUAUAAAUUAUCAUGUACGUUUUCUUUCCUACUUAAUCCAAGGCUUAAUGAAGGCAACUUUAACACGAAACGGAGUAGCGAGCGAAGGAGCAAAGAUAUAUUUUUGUAGCGUUGAGCCAUCAAUAUGCAAAGCAAUAGUAAACAUUGUUGAAACUUUUGUUAGGCAUUACAAUGGUCUUUAGGUGUCAAAACCAAGACAUUUAUGAAUUUAAUGGACAUAAAACGUUAAGGGAAUAAACCAAGGAUAUUUCUUCUCAAAAUAAAAGAAAAAGCUCAAGGAAGAUGUACCCGUGUUCUUUUUUUUUGCAAGCAAGAACAGUGUUACGCUCUAUCAGUUCGUGUUGGUAAUACGACGCAAUUUACUCUUAUGAAAUACGUAACUAGACUUGAACAAUUAUGCAUUUUUAAGUUUGCUUGCUAAAAUCCAUCUAUCAAUAUUGAGUGUUCGUCUAGUAACGCAAUUGUAAAAGCUCACAGGCAGGCCAUGAAACCUCUAACCAACUGUUUUCUUUUCUUUUUUUUUUUGUUUUGUUUUCAAAUGCUUUUCGUUCCAAACGAAAACGACUUUUAAGAGAUGAUUACUUAAACUACUCGUUGAUCCCUCCCCGUGAUCAUUCGUCCACUGUAAUGAGUAAUUAGGUUAUUCAACAAACACAAAAGAAAAUUCCUUAACAGCAGAUACUGAAUGUGUAGAAAGACUAGUUAAUGCAUCUCUGACAGUGACAGCUUCAAAAUAGUGCUAAAGAAAUCAAGAAAGCUAGACAAUGCCUAUGACUCGAAAAAAUCAUAAAGCCUUAUCGCGUUUUGCAAGCGAACUGAUUUUGCCGGAGUAAUUUCGCACGGUUCUUGAGACUUUGUUGGACACUGGUGACGUUAAUUACCCUUGGUUUGUUGCCAAAACAUUGACAGAUAUUAUAGCAGCUGUCUUUCAAAUUUAGAAGACUCAGCUUUUAAGCAAACUAAAUACUUACAGGCACUUGACUUGUUUCUUUUUUUAUAGCAGCUUUUCACUGAUUGGGUUUUGGGUUAAAAAUUUCCGAUUUGUAAACCGUUUACAAACCAAAGUCAUGAAGUGAUCAUAAAUUUGUUUCUUUAUCUGACAGAUGUCCAGACAUUUGUUUAAUCCACACUUAAAAUUGGACGUGUUGUUUACAAGAGAACAUCCAAGUAGCCAUGUCGUCUCUGGACUUAGAGAAGAAAUCUAGCGCUGAAGCGAUAAUGCGCUUUUAGUGAAUCACGUUCACAUGUAUACUCUAUAUUUUAAAAGCAUGUUUUAUUAAAGACUUUUAAAACAACUCAGUGAACUUAUCUGGUGCUUUUUUUCCUCUCUCUAUCUCCAACCCUCUCUGCUCCUUCUUUCUUUCUGUCUUUACAUGUGAACAAUACAAGCCACUGAUCUACAACACAAAACACGUUUGUGUGUUUCUAGAAACUCCUCCACUUUAUCAAGGUGAAAGGUCUGUUAAAAAUAAAAAUAAAAAAAAAAUUAAAGUACUGAACAACUUGAAUGUAAAGUAAUCUCAUAAAAAUGAAAUUCCUUGGUGAAACAUUUUCCGUGAGCUUUUCUAAAGGCCUAAAGGCCAUCAAACCUCAGGAUGAAUGAAUGCUAAGACUGCAAUCUCUUGUAAUAAACUAAAAACAAGAUUAAGAAAAAGCUCAUCUCUGAUUGAAACGCAUAUAUUUAAGCGAGGCGACUGGUUCUGUUAGAAAUGACACCAUUGACGUAACCACGGACUACGAUUAUAUAAGAGUUAAGCAAGAUUCAACAAUUCUUUUUUAAAAGCAAAAAAAAAACAAAUGAAUUAAAAACAAAAACAUAAAACUCUCUAACAACAACUUUCCUUAUAGCAUGCUCCAGAAGCCUGAUACUACUGAAAUAAGUCCUACCUUUGGCUGGCCUCCCUAAAUCCGGGUUACUCUCUGUCUAAUAUCGUCUUUCCUCCCUUGGAGUGCGCAUUGGGCAAGGUACGAAAUCCACGUCUUGUCUAUUUUAGAACAUUAUUUUCGAAAGUCUUUCUCGAAAUAAGAGCACUUGAGUGUAAAUUAAGAAGAUGCCAGCUAUUUUUAUUUCGUUAGCUCGAGUCAUUCUGAUUAGCGUGGCUGACUUCCUUUCCAACAUAUAUCUAUUUUAACAAACAAUCAAUUGAUGGUUAACUUGAAAAUUCAAUUUCACAUUCAGAUAUGCUUUGUUUUGUUUUGGAAUAUCCACAAAUUGGAGUAACGUGUAUGUUAAAUUGACGGACGAACUUUUAAGGGAAAGAUCUCAAUAGCCUGAAAAUUACUUCCAAUAGGCUUAUAACAAAAGGAAAUGGCCACGUGCUGAGUAAGGUUCGCGUUCUUUCGCUAAGCACUUCCUUUUUCGCAUUUCCCUUUAAUCAUCGUCUUAGUUUCAGACUUGAACCUUUUCGCAACUUCAUCGUGGACCUCUUGGAGAUCUCAGCAGUAUGUCUGGCUAUCAAGUAAAACGUCACUGCUUGACAGCAAAAAAACAAAAGAAAAAACCUUGCGCAAUGUUUUCAAACACGAAUUAUCAUUUCAAAAAGAAAUAUGCAUGAAGAUUUCAUAACCUACUACUUUUCACAUCUCAUAACUGAGAUACCUCGCGCUCUCUCGUUGGUCGAUGGAUGUGUUAAGUUGAAUCGAUGAAAACACAAUUUAAGUUCUGAGUUUUGCGCAUAUCUUUGAAAAAUAAUUGAUUAAAGCAGUGAGAUCUUAUCUCGUGUUCAAAUUGUAUCAUCUGAACAGUCUGGAUUAGGGAAGUAGUGGGGGGGAAGGGGGUCUGAAUACUUCUAGAAAGCUACGCAAACUCCUCACUGCGUCUUACGUUUGCAUAAAUUUUUCGAAGUCUCAACUCCACCCCCUCUUCCCCACGCUAUAGAAUGAGGCUAUUUAGUUCAGAGGAAGUCCUCCAAUUCUCAAAAAUUUGACGAAAAUGGAAAGAACAAAAAUAUAUGAUUCAGAGAGCUCUAUCGAUACUUUUAUACCGCAGUUUCCUGUUCUGGAUCACACUACAAUGGUUGUUCUUCCAGGUGAAGUUAGAGAAUGACAAUAAAAUGAUUGCUUGACGAUAUAAAUUAGAUACAGAUGCAAGCCUAUGUGGCGUGUUGUGUUUCUACAUGCAAAAUUAUUCCCGGGAGACAAAUUAUCAUUGAGUCUGUAAGUGAUUUGAGAGCGACUCCAUUUGAAAAUACGUUGAGACCUGUUAAGCCCGUUUACACCCUAAUAUUAGUUUAGACAUUUUCCUUACUGUUCUUUACACAUUUCCAAUGAUACUAAGCUGAAGUGGGAAAGAUUUUGAAAGUUUACCUGCAGUUUUCUCUGAAAAUGAAAAGUUCAUUUAUCUUAGAACUUUCAUGGAGUGCCCGUUUAAGGCAGGUUUUUGGUCUAAAAGAGGCUAAAUUUAAGUAGCCUUCUCCGAGCCUGUUUCUUUGAGAUCAGUGGCUUAGGUUAAUUUUCUAUUGAAUUUUCUUUUCUCACUGAGUUAAUUGUUAAGGUAUUCAACGUCUUCUCUGAACAACAACACAGAAUGCAAAACAGAAUGAAAUUUCUAUGACAACUAACCUGAUUUGGUAUUUAAACUGGGUAAUUCAUCACCGUAAUGUCGUUACCUGUGGAAACGUAAAGAUACUAACUCGAUUAAUUGCAUCGAAAUCGAGUCGACCAAAAUCAAGUUAAAAAUCCUCUUGUUCAAAUUGAUGAAGACCAGAUUUUUUUCCAUGAGCUAAUUUGGUCACCGGGUUUAGGGUUAUGGUUACCGUUAAGGUUACUCAUUAACGAGUAUCUGUUGUUAAAUUUCAUUGAGCUUUAGGGAUUUUUGGACGAUAUUUUGUGCAUGUCAAAGGUAAAAUUACUGAAGUACGCAGUCUGGAAGAAAUUCUAUUGAAUAAAUGAUAUGAACUCGGCCAAUGUUAAAAACGUUUUGCAUCAAACGAGAAUGUUUAUUUGCAAAAAUGGACGUCAAUGUUUUUGUUGCCCACAUUUAUUGCCCGCUCAAUGAAAUAAUUCUUUGUAACUCGGAUUAUGAAUGAUGACGCAAAAAUGAUGUAAUAGUUUUAAUAAACUUUAAUUCAACAAGUUUAAAACUGACAUCUUUACUCAGUAGCCUCCAACUAAUCGAAGUUUUUUAAUGAGUCAUGGCAUUGAAAUUUGCUUCCAUACGUCCAGAUACUUCCUUAUUAAUAAUAGUAAUUGAACUGAGUGGAGUGCAAUUUGGGCUGAAAUCAUACGCGUGAUUUCAAAAUCGACCGAGCGCGCAGUGCGAGUUCAAUUUGAAAUCACAAGUAUGAUUUCAAACCAAAAUUGCACGACACGAGAUUCAAUUACCACUUUAUUACAUCCAUUUUGAAAUCGCCCAAAUACAGGAUUUGGUCAGUUCAAAUAUUUCAUUAAAUUCAUCCAUUUUUUUUUGGGGGGGGGGAGGGGGGGGAAAUAAGAGUUUUGGAAAUUUGUUUUUAGUGUAGCCUCCUCAUUGUCUGGAAAAAGAUGCGAUUUAAGGCGAAAAAUGGUGUGGUUCGUGAAUAAAUCGCACCAAUUAGAGCCAAUCAGAUUAAAGGGACCACCAGUGAUUUCAAAAUGGGUGUAAUAAAGAGAGAAAUCUUAACUAUCGUAAUUGGGGAGUGAAAAGGUUUGAAACGAAAAAUAAAAGAAACACUUUUCUAGGUUUCGCCGGCCUAUGUUGAUAGCGGGGUUAGAACUAAGAUUUUUUUCCCCACUGAAUCGUUCAGCCUGCAAUAUGAUAAAAUCAGUGUUCUUUUCGCGUGAAUCAUCCUACCAGAGACACACGGUGGGUUACCUCCCCUUAUUUCUUCGUGGGGAGAAGGCAGAUGAACCCAGGCAAGCCAAGAUCGCACUAAUCUCACAUUACUGUUGCUCUUCUUUGAGGGAAAACCAUCAAAGUUGUCCUCAUGGCUGGGAGUUGCGAGGUAACUCGUAGGUCAGAUAAUACAAUUCAGACGUUGAUGUGCUGAAAAAGAAUGUCAAAAGUCAGAAGCCAUGACCAAAUUCGCGCUAAAAGGAGAUCGAACCUGGAAGUACCCUUUCGUUUGUUUUAAGUAGUCGGUUUAUCAACUCGAACAAACCAAAAGUAAGGAGACACACCAUUUCAAUUUCAUGCAGGGUAUCCGCCGCUUUCGCCCCCUAUCGAGUUCGCCCCUUCGAGUUCGCCCCUACCUCAUACCGUGUUCGCCCCCACACUUUUCGAGUUCGACCCCAUCAAGUCGAGUUCGCCCCUUGAUUGAGGGAUAUCCAGAUGAAUGAAUGAAAUAAAGCUAAACGGGUACAAGUCUAACAACUUAAGCAAUGCUGUCGCGAUGAAAGCAUGGUUUGCAUCUUCUCAAGUCUGGUUGUUACGAUCAACACAUUUCGUGUUCGUUAGAUAAACCGUGUGGUUCUCUUUAUCACAAGUUCAGUGUAUACAGUUAUUUCUGGUAACACCAGAUCCCACACAGAGUAUUUAGUUGAUUCCGUCAACCCAGUUCCCAAGCAGGUUCCACGCAAUUGCCGAAAUUCAAAAUGGUCGUCGCUGACGUGACAUUUGGCACAUUCUGCUAGUGCCUUCGUCACAAAUCAACUCAUCUGGAUAUCACUCAAUCAAGGGGCGAACUCGACUUGAUGGGGUCGAACUCGAAAAGUGUGGGGGCGAACACGGCAUAAGGUAGGGGCGAACUCGAAGGGGCGAACUCGAUAGGGGGCGAACGCGGUGCAAUUCCCAUGCAGACAUUAUGCGAUUUAUUAAUUCAUACAUCUAUGUAUUUAUUCAUUUGUCUGUAUCUUUUUUGUUUUUGUUUUUUUGUUUAUUUAUUUCCACGCUUUCUUUCCUCUUCCUAUUAAACCAGGGCUUAAUUUGACAUCCUCGUUUUAGACAUGGGCACGCUUUAUUCCCUCCUAAAUGACGGGGCUAUCAGUGGAGUCCUGGAGCCAAACCCCGGUCAGUAACGCCUGACUGAAAAUUCCCCUUGAGGUAAAGGAAGGUUCUUUUGCAUGUUAGCGUGGCGGGUGACCCAAAUUGUCUCAAGAUCGUCACGUAUAGUCUUCUUGAGAGGGAACAAACAUCAUUUCGUUUUGAAGCGUUUUCUCACCACGACACCGUUCAUUAUGUCGUCAGAAAAUGGAAUCGGGGGUUCGCCUGCCGAAGAGAAGGUCACAUUGGGGUAUAAGGAAAUUAUAUUGCAUCAGAUAUUUUAAAUUUCGCUUAAUGGACAACCCUCAUUUUUUAAACAUUAUAUUGGUCUACAGACCCGAUGGCCAGCCUUUGUCGAAGAAAGCCUUGAAAAAGAUGGAGAAGGAGAAAGAAAAAGAGAAGAAGAAGGCGGAAAGAGAAGCCAAACAGGUCGGAAAAAGCUUCUAAGAAUAAAAUUAAACUCAAUUUAAGACGACGCAGCCAGCCUCUAGGUCUAUCAAUGGAAAUUUUUUAUAUAAAAAUACCUUACGAGACCUAAGGCUUUGAUUUAAACCGGAAUUAACUUUUUUUUGUGAAGCUCGUUUUAUCUAAACUACAAUUUUUUUUAUUUGUAUCCAUUGCUCAUUUACAUGUACUCUCAUUUUAUAUAAUCAGGUCAGUAAACAGCUGUACCAGUAGAAAAGUACUUAAUCUGCAUUUUAGAUGAGAUUCAUUCAUUAGUGUCUUUCAUCAACUUGUUACAUAUCUUGAUAGAAUUUUAGUCAUUUAAAGACUGGAAAGGGAAAGCUCUCUUUUUUUGGAAGAUUUCUUAACCUGAUAGCUCUUUCAACCCUGAUGAAUUGUCUAUUUUUAUGUGGCUUUAGAGAACCACUGUUUCCUUAUCACCAGUACUGGAAUGUAAUUCUUAACUUCUAUCUUUUUUUCCCUUCACAGGCUGCUGAGGCAGAGGCUAAAGAUGCUGAGGUAGGAUUUGUUGUGAGUGUGUAGCAUCAAUGCAUAAGUUGUAAGAGACUGCUUUUAGUACAUGUAGAGGAUGUUUUAAUCCAUGCACUAAAAAAACUCUUUGUAGCUUAACUGAAAUGAUUGUGUAAAUCAUUUUGAGUUAGAGGUUAACCCUUAGUCUCUGUUUCAGUGACAAAAAAAAUUACAGAUGUUUCAUUGCUAAAUACAUUUUUUUCAUUUUCUCAUGUAGGACUAUGCAAAGGAUCGCUAUGCUGUCCUUCCAAUGGCCCAAUCUCGAGAGAAAACAUGUAAGCAUUUCUCAAAGAGCUUGAGAUAAUACUUUUUGCACCUGCAGUAGCUUGAUGAAAUUUAUCUAUUAGGGAGUAUUUCUAAUACCACCUCACUCAAAUGAGGCAAAAGAGGUUAAGUCUGUGAAUAUGAAAGCAAUCUUCACAGUAAUGAAUACUACUCAACCAGUAUUGAAAAUAAGGCCUAAAAAAAAUUCAGGCUUGUACAGGAUUUGAACCCAUGAUCUUUGUGAUACCAGUGCAGCACUCUACCAACUGAGAUAACGAGCCAACUGGGAACUGGUCAUUAUGUUGGUUCAUAAUGAGCUUGUGAAUUGAUAAAUCAAUGACUGUGAAUAUAUGGAAAUCUUUUAUGUGAACUUUGGUUUUUAAGAAAUGAAUAUGAAAGCCAUAUACACAGUAAUGAACACUACUUAAACAGUACUGAAAGUAAAGAGGUUAAGAGGCUAAUAAUAAGAGGUUAAGUCUGUAUUCAAGAUUCAAGUCAUGUGGCUCUGCCAGUCCAUCACAGAAACUCCCCUCCCCUCCCCCCAUUUGGUACUGAGAAUUUUCCUCAAGUAUCCCUGAAAGUUUGCUGGUACAUUCUAUACCCCUGGGUGGAGAGGGCCUAGUGAGUUUAAAGUGUCUUCCCUAGGAAAACAGACUCACAGCCAUAGGUCCCUUAGAGUUCCCAGGGUUUAACUAUUUCUUUUGUAUUCUUUGGGUGUUUACAAAGUUUAUUUUUUCAGGAUUUUUUAGAAACUAGGACUAUAUAAUUUGAAUGCUUCUUCAUCAUAAUGUUUAAUAUGUUAUGUUUUGUUGUCUUAUGUAGCCAAAGUCUGGACUAAAGUGAAAGAUCUGACCUCUGAGGCUGUUGGUAAAAGAGUUUUAGUGAGGGCACGCCUUCACACCACAAGAGGAACAGGUAGUACACUUUCUUGUUUGUUUUUUUGUUUGAAAUGUUAAAUAUUGAUAUAUGAUUGUGGUUUAUUGGUGUCUAGAGUAAUUUUGAAUAGUGCUAUUUUGAAGUGGUUCUUGCUGAAUGUUUUGAAGUGAAAUUAAAAAUUUGCAAUUAGAUAUUUUUGUCAUCAAUAUUUCAACAUUUUGUGUCUCAAAAGGUAAGCAGUGCUUCAUGAUUUUACGCGACCGCCAGUACACUGUGCAAGGAAUCUGUGCUGUGAAUGAUGUCAUCAGUAAAGGAAUGGUUAAGUUUGCGACAGGGUAGGUUAAAUAACCUCUACACCCUAACAUCAGUAUGAAUAUUCUCAUUACUGUUCUCCUUACAAUGCCAAUGGUAUUGAUGAGGAGAAUUUGUAAUCCAGAGCCCAGUUGUUCGAAGGCCGAUUAGUGCUAACCCAGGGUUAAAUUUUAAUCUGCGUUUCUUUAUUCCUUUACUCAAAAGCCUUUUUGGGAAAAUUUUCAGUGUCCUUUUUAAAGCAUCAAGUAGUCAUACUCUAAACAAAAAGAAUUCGACUGAAUUUUCUUGUAAAGCUUUUAGAUCUGAAAUCGGAUUUCACACUAACCCUGGGUUAUCUUAACCCAGCUUUGAACAACCCAGCCCAGAGCUUUUUUAGUCGGUGAUUGUUUCCUUUAUUUUGAUGACCUUUAUGUGUGAUUCAGGGGUGAUAUUGAAAGGAGAAACUAGAUGCUUGUCACUCAUAUUGUUUAAAGGAUUAACUUAAAAUUGAAGUCAACUCCAAUCUUGGGGACACAGUGUUCUUUCAGACAACCAGCCUAUUGCCAGUGAAGAUUCUUACCAUUACCCAUACUUAACUGUGUCCCAAAAGAUGGGAACUGUAACAACAGCUGAUGGAAACCUGUUGCUGGAAUCUGUUAUGAGCAGAUUUAAUUUCUGUCUUAUUUUGAUUAUAUUUUAUUAUAGGAUAAACAAAGAGUCUAUUGUUGAUGUUGAAGGAGAAGUGAAAUCUGCUGCUCAGAAAGUUCAGAGCUGUUCUCAAGAAGAUGUGGAGAUCUUUGUUGAUAAGGUUAAUUUUCAACUUAGUUGAAAUAUGUGGAAACUGCUCACUCAAGACAUUGAAUUUUUUCUCAUCACUGUUAAAUACAGAGAUCUAUGUUGAACUGAGACAGAAACAUCAAUUAAAAUUUAUUUCUAUUAGUAUUUGUGGAGUAUUUUUACUUGUUUUGUGUCUGCAGAUUUUUGUUGUAAGUUUGGCUGAGCCAAGACUACCCCUGCAGAUUGACGAUGCCUCACGCCCUGAAACUGAUGAGGUAGGACAUUAUUUAAUAUAGUAUAAAAUGUAUAUGUUGGAUGAUAACAAAAUCAUGACAGAACUGAUAACUUAUAUCAGCAAAAACUCAAAGUCUAUUUUAUAAGUUGCUAAAAUUAAAAGUAGUCCAUUGGAUUAAGCAUUUUUUUUCCUUUAAUUUUUAUUCAGGAACAAGCUCAUGUGAAUCAAGACACCAAGCUGGAUAACAGAAUCAUUGACCUCAGGGUACACUUUGCCAUGCUAUUAGUAUAGGUAAUAACAUGAUUUUGAGUGCUAUUUGAUGUAAAUGAGCAUUUAUUUAAUAAAUUUUUCGAAGACAACAGAAUUGCACAAGCUGGUAGGGCAAGUGCAAUUUGUAGUCUUUGGAAAAUUUACAAGUGCUUAUUUACACCAAAUUUCAUGAUAAAUCAUGUUGUUACUUGUUAAUAAUUUACAUUAAAAAGCAUCACAUUAGGUAAAGACAGAAACAAUUUUGACUGUGCAUGCAGGCCCUUUUGUAAUUUGCACAUGUGUUUCAUGAAAAGCACUCAUUUUCAGCCACUUAGAUGUGCAUAAUUUUGUCAUGAUGUAUUAACCUCUUGAAUCCUUUUCCUUGUAAUAUCACCCCUCAAUCAAACAUUAAGUUCACAAGAAUAGCAGAAAUAAUCACCAAUCAAAAGAGGUUUAAUUUGCUUAACAAAUUCCCCUUGUCAGCACCUUAGGAAUUGUAAAGAGAACAGUAUGGAGAAUAUGCAUACUGAUGUUAGGAUGUAAAGGUUAAGAAGAGUAGAGAUGGGGCAAGGUUUGAAGACCUGCCUCUUACCAUUGUGGCCUGCUCAUUCUUCUUUUUUUCUUUUUUUCAAGUUUGCACUUUGGGCUUUUAUAUUUGUGCUAAAACUAAUAUGCUGUCAGUGUUACUCCCUGUUCCAACCUCUCCCUGUUUUAAGGGUGUCAUUACAAUUGCUUCCUUGUCUGACAUGUGAUUUGUUUACAGACUGUUCCAAACCAAGCCAUUUUCAGUAUUCAAGCUGGUGUGUGCCAUUUAUUUAGAGAGUUCCUCGUGUCUCAAGGAUUUCAUGAAAUUCAUACUCCUAAGAUAAUUUCAGGUUGGAUUGGAUUAGACAUAUUGUUGGUCAUUUGCAAUAGAUUAUGAUUUCUGUACUUUAAGUGAUGUCCUAUUGAAAGUAGACAGAUGGAUGUUUACUUUUCUCUUAAUCUUCUACAAUUUUGUUGUUUAGAGGGAUUAAUAGCUGUGCAACUUCGUACACAGUAUUACUGGACUGCAAUAAUUGGCUCUGCUGUUGUUGUUGAUAAUAUUUGCAUGUGAUCAUUUUUAAUGUGGAUUUUCUUAUCCUUUAUAGCUGCAAGCGAGGGAGGUGCAAAUGUGUUUGAAGUUACUUAUUUCAAAGGUAAGUUUUCAAUCUCACAUACUUUAUAUUUGGUUGUUUAGCAGGAAAUGAGAGAGGUUUGUCUUAAAAAAAGGACAGUCAGAAUUUACAGUAAUCACAGUCUAGAAUUUUGAAAGUAGUUUGCAAAAAAAAAAGACUGUUUAAGAGCAGAGGUUUUACUUGUCUGUGAUGGUUGCCAACCUGUUUUUCAAAAUCCAAUCCUAUGUGGUGGUUGCAAAAUGCAUCCUUAUUUGAUUGGUCCACCAUUCCCUAGAAUGUAUCCAUUUUGUUUGUAUUUGGAGUAAAAUUUAUUGUUUUUAUUGAAAAUAGGAAAGGCAUAUCUGGCCCAGUCCCCUCAGCUUUACAAGCAGAUGGUACUUUGUGCUGACUUCGAUAGAGUAUUCACCAUUGGAUCAGGUGCAGAGACUAAAACUUGAAAAUUGUUAUUUUAAUGUAUAACAAGUAUUGUGAGUGAUGAAUUGACAGUAACCGCUGAAAAUGUUCAAAUUUGGACACAGUAAAGUCUGUACUUAAACAGAGAGGAUCAUCUAGCCAGAGCUUAAAGUGAUUAGGAGUAUUACUUCUCCGCCCUUGAUAGAAUAACAGUUCAUUGCAAGGCUACAGUAUACCCCCAGCAUUUGACCAGGCUUCCCUGACUAUUUGCAGGUACACAUUUAUACUCCUGGGUGGAGAGAGGCAUUUUGAAACUAAUUAAAAGUGUCUUGUCAAAGAACAUAAUAAAUUAGGACAUUGAUACAUUAAUUGGAGGCUUCUCUUGUAGUUUCCCAGUCUUCCAUACUUCAAGACUUAAUUAAAUCCAUAUGAAAUCAAUUCUUUUACUUUAAAUUUGAAGUUUUCCGUGCUGAGGACAGCAAUACACACAGGCACCUGACAGAAUUUAUUGGUCUUGAUAUUGAGAUGACUUUUAUGGAGCAUUAUCAUGAGGUAACUCAGCCUAAAAAUGUGCUAAUUAUGAUAAUAUGUAAGGUGUGCUUCACUGAAUGUUCUUCAGUGAAUUUCCUCAAUCAUUUCUCUGCAAAUAAGAUCCCAGUCUGACAGUAAGCAGAAAUAAUCUUCUGAUCCGCAUUUCCUUUACUUCAGGUGAUUGACAUGAUUGGUCGCACCUUUGUCCAUAUCUUCAAAGGAUUGCGUGACAGGUGACAAUUUAUGUGCUGUACCCAUAAAGUGUGAGAGAUGGUCUGAGAGUUAGGCUAUUACCAGUUGGUUACUGCUUAAAAAAAGACAAAUUGUCUCAACUGAUACUCCUCUAAGCAGACAGCUCUCCUUACAACUUAAAUUUCCUUUGGAAAAGGAUUAUGAGAUCCUUUUUUUUUUUUUUCAAUGAAAACCAUAUUUGUAUAAAAGUUAUCUCAAUAUAGAUGGUUGUUAAAACCCUUUUUAAAAAACCCAUACCAACACUGCAUUUCCACUUUCCUGGAAGUAGAUUUUCUCUUACAUGGUGAGGAAUACUUUCCAGGAAUACAGUUACAGCAUUUUUUGAGGUUAUAGCUCCAGUAAAUGAAUAUCCUAAAUAAAAUCCCAUUAACUUCUGGCUAUGGCUCAAAUCCAUCAACUUCACUUCCCUGUCUGCUGCAGUGAAUCGAUAACAGUUCUGUAAUCCACUUUGUUGUCAUUGUUUUUGUUGUUGUUGUUGUGUUGACUAAACACAUGUGGUUAUCCUUAAAAAUACAAGUUUGCUGGGAAAGUUUUCAUAAGAUCAAGAAACCAUCCCCCCUCCCCCUGCAGGUCCUGCCUACAAGGACCUUGUUUUUUACUUAAUAUUGUGAAGAAAACCACAACUAUUUGUGCUGUUUAUUUUUCUUACUUAAUCGGCAGUUUGAUUGUUCUGAUACUAUACUUUAUAUUGCUUUUUCCCUUCAGAUAUGCUGAAGAUAUUGCAAAAGUACAAAAACAAUACCCAAGUGAACCUUUUAAAUUUCUGGAACCAAGGUUUGUUUUGGCCUUUCUUACAACUCCUUUUGCUGAAAUUAAGGAAAGAUGGCCAUACUUGUUGAAGUACAGUGCAUGCCAAUAUUUUGAAUGGAGAGAGAAGAAGCAAAAAAAUGUUGUCUAUCAGAAAAAUAUAUUUUAACUUUCCUUGAGUAUUGACUAAAAAGUACAACUGAUUUGUAAUGCAGAAACUCCUAAUUUUUCAGUUAUGUACAUUUAGGAAAAAAACAAGUUGAAGUUUUUGGCUCCAUGUUUUUGUCAUUGUUGUGAACAUAAAUUUACCCAAGGGCACCACCAUUCAUGCUGGCAUUUUUUUUUGUUUAUUCAGUUUGGUGUUGAACUAUUGUGAAGGAGUUGACAUGCUGAGGGAAGCUGGAAUAGACAUGAAUUAUGAUGAAGAUCUGAGGUAUGUAAAGGGGUAACUAUUUUUUUCUAUCUCUUAAGUAGGGAAGCAAGCUUUAUGGAGUUGAUUUUUAUUGUUUGGGUCUAGUUGGUUUUACUAUUUGUCUGUAUUUGUGAGUGUGAUAUGCCUAGUUCUCUGUUCAUUUGUCUGUCCAUUUUUCUGUCAGUCUGUAUGUCCAUCUGUCUGUCUGUAUGUCUGUCUAUCUGUUGGUCUAUCAUCUGUCUGUCUGUCUGUUUGUAUGUCUGCAUAUCGAUCUGUCUGUAUGUCUGUUCAUCUGUCAGUCUGUUGGUCUGUCUGUCUCUGUCUGUAUGUCUGCAUAUUGAUCUGUCUGUAUGUCUGUCCAUCUGCCCAUCUGUCAGUCUGUCUGUAUAUAUGCCUGUUUGUAUGUCUACAUAUUGAUCUGUCUGUAUGUCUGUUCAUCCCUCAGUCUGUUGGUCUAUUUGUCUGUCUCUGUCUGUAUAUUUGUCUGUUUGUAUGUCUGCAUAUUGAUAUGUCUGUAUGUCUGUCUGUCUCUCUGUCUGUCUGUCAGUCUGUCUGUCUCUCUGUCUGUGUCUGCCUAUCUAUCAUCUGUCUGUCUGUUUGUAUGUCUAUCUGUAUGGUUAUCCAUUUGUAUGUUUGUCUAAGUAUCCUUCUGUCUUUCUUUCUGUCAGUAAUGAUGUCUGUCAGUUUGUUUAUAAUUGAACUUGUUUGUUUUUUCAUAGCACUCCAAAUGAGAAAUUGUUGGGAAAACUUGUCAAGCAGAAAUAUGACACAGACUUCUUCAUUUUGGACAAGUAUCCACUGUGUGUCCGUCCAUUCUACACUAUGCCAGACCCACACAAUCCUGUGAGUGAGUGAGUGUGCUGGCAUAAACGCACAAAAGAAAUAACAAUUAGAAAACAGUAUAUGUUUUUAUAUACGACGAAGUUUGUUUUGGUAUUUCCGGCUUUUUUGCCUUAUUUUUCUUUGUUUAUUUUUGUUUUGUUCCUUUGUUGUUUGUUUUCCCCCUUUCUAUUAUUUUGUGUUUGCCUUUUAAAUUGAUAGUCAGAAGUCAAAGCUCUUACUUUAAAACAAAAACGACUCUGUGACAGUACAGCUGAAAUUUUGCCCACCUUUAUGAGAACCUGUUGGAAUUCCAAACCCUGUGUUUUCUUGUCCUCGCAGAAGUUCCUCUCUUAUCGCAGUUCCAUGGGUUUUUGCUGUCCACUGACCGUGAAAUUGAACUUAAAUACUUAGCCAAACUUGUAGGCGCCGUCAAUUGCUGAUCAAUAGAAUGGCUUUCAUUUGGGUUUUGUGAAACUCAAGCCAUUGCUGAUCAUCAAGUUUGUCGGCUUGUUUUGUGUCGUAGUAAAAGUUUGCUAACUACAGUAAAACACAACAUAACAGCAGUACAACAUAGCAUUUUCAAAUAAGCACAUCUUUUUUUUAUAUAAAACAGGAAUGGAGUAAUUCAUACGACAUGUUCAUGCGCGGAGAGGAGGUUCUCAGUGGAGCACAGCGAAUACACGACUCCGACCUGUUGGCAGAGAGAGCCAAGCUUCAUGAAAUAGGUUAGCUACUUUUUGGUCUAUAGAUCAGUAUAUUGUCAAAGCUGUAGCCUACAUUUGAGUUGGUCAAAAGCUAACAAGAUGGAGUCUUAAGACUAUAAUGUGGAAGGGGUUCUCAGAAGCCAAUGGCUCGUACUCCCCUAAGCAAUUACAUGGUCAUGUAAAAAUUUAACUUUAUUCCUCUUGUUCAGAUUUGGAGAAGAUCAAGGCCUACAUUGACUCAUUUCGUUAUGGUGCACCACCUCACGGCGGUGGAGGAAUAGGUAAGCUCCUCUAAUAACUUGAUUUCCAACAUUUCUUUUUUUUUAUGUAAGUGCCUUUUUUUCACUUUUAUGCUCGCUCGGAGCGAUGCGUUCUCAGUUAUCUUGUUAAAGUUUCCUUUGAUCGCCCCAGUUCUCUCCCGACUACAUUGACUUUAUGGUAAGUUCUUUGUCAUUUCUGUAAUGACUGCGUGGUAAUAUUGUCUCAAAUUUCUUGGAUAGGUCUCUCUUUGUCCUAAUGAUUUUACACAAAUUUUUGUAGGUCCAGCUUUUUCAAUAACACUUAUGUUCUGACUUUGGACUCUGAAUUCAGCAAGUCUCUUUUUUUUUCACUGAAAAGUCUCAAAGUGAUUUUGAUUUAAUCAGAAGCUGUUAUUUUUGGGCUCAUUUGACUUUGACUGCGCCAUAAUUUUGAAGAUAUUCAAGCACGAGGAGACCAGAUGCGAGAAAUCGCCCUUUAGUUCACCUCAAAUUGUGUUUCGUUUCUAACGCUUACCCUCUCUCUCCCCUCCCAGGCCUUGAGCGAGUAGUCAUGCUGUACCUGGAUAUUCAUAAUGUCCGAAAGAGUUCCAUGUUCCCACGUGACCCAAAGCGUGUCACUCCAUGAGAGGAAGAGCUAAACCAUAGGGAGAAAGCCAAUCAAAUUUCCGCUUCACUGAUGCUACUUAAUGAGAAUGCAACCUUAAAGAAAAUUCUAUUUUACCUCAUGAUAAUUCUAUUUUACUUUAAUGAUAAUUCUGUUUUCACGAAAUGUAAUACACAAGAAAUGCUGCUGAAUCUAAGCUAUUAUGAAUUGAUUGGUUUAACUAGGAAUUUAAUUUUGAUAACUUGACUCUGAAGUUUUUAACUUGCGAUCAGGCGUGAUUGUAGGUUAUGGAAUACAUCACUUUUCAAUGCUUGUUUGUCUUUGGUGCCAUAAAUUUGCUGGUAGUUUGUCCAGACUUUGUUAAUCGAAGUCCAUCUGCUUAAUUUUUUUGUAUGUGUACAUCUGAAGAGGUAUUCACUACGCGGCGAGCGAAUUUUUCCAACCUUAUCUAAGAAUAAAGAGGGGUUUUUGUUCUCCGGGUACAUCGCAGGAUUUGUUGUUACGACCAGCACCGGUAUAGUUGUGUCCAAACAGGUCGGCCAGCGAUCUCUUUCUCGAACUGUACUGAGAAUGUAUUUUCUCAAACAUGAAUAAACUGUACCCCUAAACGAUGGGAAAUUGAGCUCAGUUGCCCAAGUGGCGUCCGGGUAUCUUCUAACUUUGUUUCUAUGCGGGGAUUUUGCUUUUGUACCCUGAUCUUCAAUCCAAAAAGGUGCGAAUUCUCUUACAUAUAGGGUUUUUCAGGCGUGCGG